AAGGUCGGCAAGGUUUCAGGGUUCAAGCCAGUCCUGUGAGCUGGUUCAGUCUGGUCCAAUGAACCGAGGCUAGUCAACCAGUCACAUGUUGUUUUAAGUAAACACGUGACUGGCAAAGGGUAGGGGGUUGGGCUAAGCCCAUCAGGAUCUAAUGGGUCUAGGCAAGUGAAUGGGCCGACUUUUUUAAAUCGGGUGGACCUAGACCUUAAAAAGCCUCGCGCCCUUUUAAGUAGGCACGUGACCAAAGGAGAUGGGGAGAUGAUGGACCAAAACAAUGGUCUAUCAUCGUCUCCCUCGAGCAAUUCGCAACCAAUGCUUGCAGGAAGUAGGGUUAGCCACAGUGGUGCGGAAAAUCUGAAUUGGGCAUGGGUUUCAAGCUUGAAGAAAAAGGGAUUUUCUUCGGAACGACGGAAUUCGAGGUUCAAGAAGCAUCAUCUGACGACAGUGGAGACAGGGUUUUCCCUCAUUCUGGUGACAGAAAAACAAAAUACCACAAACGCAUUUGAGGUCUGUGAGACGGGGGAAGGAAGUAGCUCAGAUUCAGAGUUUGAAGGCUCUUCAAGUAUUGGAAGUGUAGAACUGAAAAAAGCUAAGCCCCUCAGCGCUGAUGAGAGCCUACAUACCGAGCUGCAUUUUUUGGAAAAUGACGAUUUAGAUUUAAAGGAUUCAGCUCAAAAGUAUACUCAAUUUUUCCCUAUACCUAAGGAAGUGGGGUCUACCGCUGCUUUUAUAGAGGAGAGGCAAAGGUUACUGGCUCUUAAAUUUGCUCCCAGUUUGCUAGAGCAGCAAGGCAUUGAUAGAAGACUAGAGGAACAAGACAUACCUCGGUCACCGAUCACAGAGGUAUCAAUCAGGGGACAACAUCUAAAGGCAGAUUCUAAUGCAAGGACUAAAACAAUAUUCGUUGAACACAACGGGGACCCACAACCAUCUCUUUUGGAAGGAUUAGACGCGACCUUGCCCCUUUGUGUUGCUUCUCAAGAUCCGUUGUCCUCUUCCCACAACCUGUCAGGUAAUAUUGUCAAUUCGUUUUCUAGUACUAAUGUGGGUUUUCUGUCUGGAAUAGGUACUUUUGUAGCUCAACUUGAUGCAGCAGGUAUGGAUGGAAAAUAUUUAAUUGGGGACAAGGAGGGUAAAGAUCGAGAGGAAGUGGAAAGGGGAAGAAAAUUAUAGGAAGAGGAGUUAGAGAAUACCUGGGAUCAGAUCUGUAGGUUUUUGGAGUAUAAGAGAAAAGAGGAAGAGGUAGGGAAGUAUGAGGUUUAAGAAGGUUCAGUAAAAACAGGGGCUCAAAGUAGCAAAAAAGUUGGGGAUGAAUCAAUUAUGAGAAAGAUGCAGAAGGAGGAACUAGAGAGGAUUUGGGGACAGAUUUGUGCUCUCCUUGAGGAGUAUAGGCAAACAGAGGAACCUGUGGAGGAAAACCAAGGACUUUCGGAAAGGCAAAAUAAAACAAAAGUAGUCUUAAGCAGAUCUGGAAUAAUUAACAACCAAAGGAAGAAGAAAAUAUUAGAGGUGGAAAGGUUGAUAUCAGAUAUAGAAGAAAAUUUGGAGUUUAGCAAAAGAGGGGAAAGAAGGAAAGCCUCCAAGUAAGGGCCUGAUCUUAGGAGGGGAUGCCAAUUCUUUUAUCUCCAUGAAAAUCAUCAAUUGGAAUGUAAGGGGGCUGGGGAGUGCUAGGAAAAGAAGGCUAAUUAAGGACCUCCUUAGAAGGGAAAGGCCGGAUAUAGUGAAGCUACAGGAGACCAAACUAGCCGAUAUUGAUAGAAGUUGGGCAAGGAGUAUCUGGAAGUCUAGAGGAAUAAACUGGGUUUCACCACCUUCUUGGGGGGCUUUAGGGGGAAUUGUUACUUUUUGGGGAGAGGAUGCUGUGGAGGAGCUAGUAGGAAAUUUUUCAGUGUCGUUAAAAUUCAGGAUGGUAGAGGAUGGAUUUACAUGGGCACUAACUAAUGUGUAUUGACUAAGCAAUUACUAAGAAAGGAAUGAAUUUUGGGAGGAAUUUUAUGGGAUACAAGGGCUUUGGGAUGGUCCGUGGUGUUUGGGGGGAGAUUUCAAUGUAAUUCGAUUUACAAAUGAAUCAAAUAAUCCCCAACAGGUCAUUACAACCAGCAUGCGGAGAUUCAAUGAUUUUAUUAAUAACUGUGAAUUAAAGGAACUCCCACUGCUGCAUGCCCUCUAUACUUGGUCCAACUUUCAAGAGACACCAAUCUGCUCCAAAUUAGAUAGAUUCCUUUUCAACGAAAGCUAGGAAAAUAAGUGGGCGGACUUGAUCACUAGGUCUCUACCGAGAGUCACUUCUGAUCACUGCCCCAUUGGCCUAAGAUAGGAACCUUUUAGGCAAGGACCCCGACCCUUUAGGUUUGAGAACAUGUGGUUGACUCACCCGGACUUCUUGAAGAAGGUUGGGGAAUGGUGGAGAGAAGUGGAAAGGGGUAGGAUUUCACAAAAAACUUAAAAGAUUGCGAGCACAUGUGAAGGAUUGGAAUAGGGAGCAGUUUGGGAGAUUAGAAGAAAUGAAAUCCUCUUUGUUGACCCAAAUAGAGGAAUUGGAUGCGAAGGAAUUCCAAAGAACCAUAAGCCCUCAGGAGAGAGAUCGGAGAUGGGAACUGAAAAGAGAGUAAGAUGAAGUUGUUUUGAGAAAAGAAAUUUCUUGGAGGCAGAAGUCUUGAUGUAAAUGGAUUAAGGAAGGAGAUGGGAACACUAAAUUCUUUCAUAACCUAGCCAAUGGAAGGAGAAGGAAAAACCUAGUGUCCAAACUAGAAGUGGAUGGAAUAGUCUUUGAUACCCAAGAGAGGAUAGCCAAUUGUUUUGUUGACCACUUCAAAUCCAUUUUGAGGAGACCCCUAACACCUAAUGUGGAGUUGGAAGGCAUAACCUUGCAGAGGCUUCUAGAAGAGAGUAGAAGCUGGUUGGAAAGGAAUUUUGAGGAGGAAGAAAUUAGAAAAGCCGUUUUUUCAAUGGACAGGUCAAAAGCACCAGGGCUAGAUGGGUUUACAAUGGCUUUCUUUCAAGAUUGUUGGGACCAGUCAAAGAAGAUUUAAUCGAGGUAUUUAAGGAAUUUGAGGAUAAUCUAGUGAUAAGUCGUGGAAUUAAUGCUACUUUUUUAGCCUUAAUUCCCAAGAAGAAAGAGGCCAAGCAUCCAAAGGAUUUUAGACCUAUUAGUUUGGUGACUAGUGUAUACAAGAUUGUGGCUAAGGUCUUAUCUUUGAGGAUAAAAAAGGUGCUUCCUUAUCUUAUCAACCAAGUGCAAGGAGCUUUUGUUUAGGGGAGACAAAUUGUAGAUCAGAUUCUAAUAGCAAAUGAAUGUAUGGGGGAGAUGUGGAGAUCAAGGUAUCAAGGUUAUGUUUGCAAACUUGAUAUUGAAAAGGCCUAUGACUUGGUGGAUUGGGGAUUCUUACUACUUGUGCUAAGGAAGUGUGGGUUUGGGGAUAAAUGGUGCAAAUGGAUAAAUGGUUGCCUUUUCAAUUGCCAUUAUUCCAUCCUAGUCAACAAGGUAGUUAAUGAUUUUUUCCCAAUUAGUAGGGGUUUGAGACAAGGUGAUCCCAUGUCACCUUUCCUUUUCACUUUAGUCGCCAAUGCUUUUAGUAGACUUCUCUCAGAAGCAGAUAGAGCCGGAUCUCUAAGAGGGUGGAGAACAGGUAGAGAAGGAGUUUCAGUAACCCAUCUCCAAUUUGCAGAUGACAUAAUAAUCUUUUGUGAAGGUUGUGAUUUGAUGGAGGUAAGGAAUCUGAAGGAUUUAACAAUUCACUUUGAGAGGGCUUCAAAUUUAAAGGUAAAUUUUGAGAAGGGUUGUGUUGUGGGAGUUCAUUUGAACAGAGAGAAGAUGGAGUCUAUAGCAGCCUUGCUAGAAUGCACCUUCUCUCAGUGGUCUCUAUCCUACCUAGGACUUCCAUUAGGUGCAAAUCCAAAGGAAAGUAGGUUCUAGAACCCGAUGGUGGAAAAAUUCGAAAAAAGAUUGGCAGCUUGGAAGAGAAACUAUAUUUCCAAGGGUGGUAGAGUUACUUUGAUUAAAGCAACUUUAGCCAACUUACCUUUAUACUUCUUGUCAGUCUUUAGAAUUCCUAAAAGGGAGGCAAAGAGGUUGGAAAAACUGAUGAGGGAUUUCUUUUGGGAACCUGGUGAAGAGAAAAAAGAUCACUUGAUUAGGUGGGAGGUGGUGUGUUGGAGCAAGGAAGAAGGAGGCCUAGGAUUAGGGAACGUGGUGAGUAAGAAUGAGGCUCUUUUAGGUAAGUAGCUUUGGAGGUGGCCCCUGGAGAGGGAGAGGUUGUAGCAUGAAGUAGUGAAAAGUAUCCAUGGCUGUUCUGAAUCAGGUUGGGAUGCGGGAGUAUCCCGAAGGGCUUUGCUCACAACACCGUGGAAGGCUAUCUCUGGCAUUCUCCCUAAAUUCCUCAGUUUUGUAAGGUACAAUUCUUGCUCUGGAAACUCCAUUCUUUUUUGGGAAGAUACUUGGGUGAGCACUCAACCCCUAAAAAACCGUUUCCCUUCUCUCUAUUCCAUCUCCCUCUUUAAAAAGAAACCCAUUUCUUGGUUCCUUUCCCCCUGGUUUGCCCUUUGGCUUUAAAUUGGGAUUUUCGGUUUCGAAGAGGGUUAAGGGAUGAAGAAUUUCUUUGUGUUUCAGAACUGUUGUUGCAUCUAGAUUCAGUGUGUUUGGACCCCCCUAACCUGGAUAAAAGAUUCUGGUCCCCAACCCUGGUUGGCUCAUUUACUUGUGCUUCUUUCUUUAAAGCCUUUUGCUCCAACCCCUCCUCUUAGGUCUUCCCUGUUAAAGAGGUUUGGUCAAGACCAAUUCCCCCCAAAAUAGCAGUGUUCUGUUGGGAAGCCUAUUAUGCUAAGAUCAAUACUGUGGAAAACUUGCAAAAGCAAAACCCUUUUAUGUGUCUGUCCCCUAAUUGGUGCUUAUUGUGUGAAGUGAAGGGUGAGGACUGUAACCAUUUGUUGAUAUCAUGCUCCUUUGCUGCCAAUAUUUGGAACUAGGUUGUUUCAUUAUUUGGGUGCAGGUGGAAUUUGCCCUCUGAAGUAAAGUUGCUGUUCACUCCCGCUGCUUUUGGGAGAUUGACAAAAAGAGGGAAGCUAAUGUGGAAAUGUAUCAGAGCUGCUACAUUGUGGACUGUAUGGGGGGAUAGAAAUGCUAGAAUAUUUCAAGAUCUUGCUGAAAUCAAGGAAUGCAUAUUGACAAGGACUAUCUCAUGGUUAAAAUCUUCACACUUGUUGGCAGAUUACUCCUUUGAUGACUUGAGGAGAAAUUUGGCUGCAGUGGCUGUUACAGUCUCCACUAAGAUCAAAUCACAAGUUGAACGGAACCCCCCACCGGAUGGUGUGGUAAAAUUGAAUUUUGAUGGAAGCUGCCAAGGUAGCCCAGGACCAUCUGGAAUCGAUGGGAUUUUGAGAGACAAAGACAGCAAUAUGUUGUCUCUAUUUUUAGGACCAGUGGGUGAAGGUGAUUCUGUAAGGGCAGAGCUACUAGCAGCGGUACAAGGUAUACAGAUGGUUAGUCAAAUUGGAGUCAACAAUCUGUUAGUAGAAGGGGAUUCCAAGGUAGUAGUAGGCUAGCUAAUUAGCCUAGAAACAGCUUGUUGGGGCUACAUGGAUCUGUUAAAGAAAAAUGGAUGACAAAGAAUAUGACUGUCAGGUUUUCAGUGGGUCAGAAGAUCAGCAAAUGCAAUGGCUGAUUCUCUGGCAAGCAAGGGGUGUCAAGGGGAGAUCUAUUUUGGGCUACUUUGUAAUUGUGUCAGGCUUGGGCAAUUUUGGUGUAUAUGGUUCAGUCCUUGGGGGGGGGGGGUAACAUCUUGUGCCUCCUAUUAUCAUUUAUCAAAAAAAAGAAAAGAAGGGGUGGAGUCCUGUUCCUCGCUUGUUUCAGACACCAAUAAUGAGAAAAAAAAAGCUGAAAACAUGCAAGAAAUUUAAGAACAAAAGGUGGCGGAGCUCCUGUUUCAGUCCAAUAAAAUGAUUCAAAAAGCUUGAGGAAAAGAUACAAAAAGAGGAGAAAAAUGGGGAAAAGAUACAAAGAAGAAUGAUUUACUUACCUGAGUUAGAGGACCACAGGUUCUAUUAUAAAAGCUAAAGCUAACCAAUAAGAAGAAGAAGAAGAAGAAGAAGAAGAAGAAGAAGAAGAAGAAGAAGAAGAAGAAGAAGAAGAAGAAUGAUUAACUUACCUGACUUAGAGGACCACAAGUUCUAUUAUAAAAACUAAAACCAACCAAUAAAAUAAUAUAUAUUUCGCCUUGACAAUUAUGCUCUUGCUAUUAGAGAGAGAGAGAGAGAUUUGCUUAGAAGAAGAAAUCAGUGGAGAGAGAGAUAUCUAUUAGCAGAAUUUACUAAUCCAAACAUUUACUUGUUAAAUCAGUUCUUCCAUUUACGAUUACAAUGACUAUUUAUGGGCUCAACAUAAGAGCUUGAAUCUGACUCAUAAUUACUUAAGAACCAAGGCAAAUUCAUUUAUAACCCACAGUGACACUCAAAUAUGGACUCUGACUUCUAAAAUAACUCUAGAUACUUGUUACUGAUCUUACUAAAACUAAACAAGCCAAAUGCAACUCCAAAAUAUUGCCAUGUUAAAUGGGAUAACAUAUCAACAUGUGUGCCACGCAAUCCCUUUCCUUGUGUACUUGAUUGAAACACCAUUGCUCAAGGGAGGAUCAUGGUGUUGCAACUCUUUUGAUUAUAUUAUCUUAUGUAGUAGUGUAUUUGGAUUAAAAUUUCACCAUCUUUUGAUUGUAAUUUAUUUUAUCAGGUUGUAGAAGAUGGUUAUGAAUUCUUUGCAAAGCGACAGUUGGUGACCAUAUUCUCGGCUCCAAAUUAUUGUGGGGAGUUUGACAAUGCCGGUGCUAUGAUGAGUGUGGAUGACUCAUUGACAUGUUCUUUUCAGAUACUCAAGCCAUCUGAUAAGAAAGGAAAAUUUGGUAGGAACAUGUUGAGACCUGGAACACCACCACCUAAGGGUAAGGGUUGACCAAGUUGAGCUGGUAUCAGUCAGAACUCAGAAGGUCAUGACAUUCAAGGUAGUUGAAAAGCUUCUAAUGCUAAUAAGCGGACAAGAUGUACGAAGUUGGCACGUGCCACAAGGUUGUACGGGAGAAAAGCUCAGAGAUGAGCGUGAUCUCGCGUGAUUCAUGGAUCAUGGUGUUUUUACCCCUUUGUUUUUAAUUUUGUAUAUGGCAAUUGAAAUCAGACAUGUUAGCGCAGAUUAUAAUUAGAAAGGCGUUGCACCGUGUCCUUAAAUGAAUCUGUUUCACUUCAACGGUU